AUGUCGCCGGGUGCAGGAAUUAUAUCAGCUAUACUGAUUAUUGCCGCCUCACAAGCUUCUCAACAGCGAUACGACGGUCACGAAGUAUGGACGGCGACACCACACACACCUGCACAGCUGGAGUACCUGGUUUAUCUUCAAACACAUGCUCAUCUGUACCAGUUAGAUUUUUGGCAAGAAGCUUAUACUGUGGGCACCACUGCGAUGUUCCGGGUACCGCCGAGUCGACGGUCCGAGACGCUAAAUCAGCUGGGACUGCGGGGAAUGCGGCCAACUGUCACUAUCCCCAAUAUACAACAGGCAAUAGACAUAAAUUACUGGAUGCAGGAUAUGGCCGCUAGGUUUCCCAAACGAGCUUCCCUUUUCAAUAUUUCCACGUCUUACGAAGGUCGAAAAAUCGUGGCGAUGAAGAUCACCGGCUCCCGGAGUGGAGCUGCUAAACCUGGGUUCUUCCUGACUGGGGGAAUGCACGCUCGGGAGUGGAUAUCUUCGGCUACUGUUGUCUAUAUGGCUGGGCAGCUUAUUGAGCAGUACGGUGUCAAUCCGGAUAUUACCGCUGUGGUUGAUGCCAUGGACUGGUAUGUACUUCCGGUUUUGAACGCCGAUGGUUACAUCUAUUCCUGGACAUCGGAUCGACUCUGGAGGAAGACCAGAUCCCGACACUCGGGUUCAGAGAAAUGUGUUGGGGUAGAUGCUAACAGGAACUGGGAUUGGAAAUGGUGCCAAAGAGGUGCGUCUCAUAACCCUUGCUCCGACACGUAUUGUGGUCCGGGUGUCUUAUCGGAACCGGAAGUGAGGGGUGUGGCAAACUUCAUACAAGCUGUACCCGGGCGGUUCCAGGCCUACGUCGAUGUGCAUGCCUUCUCACAGCUUUGGUUAACGCCCUGGUCCUAUUCUAUAAAGCAACCUAGUAAUUAUAACCAGCAGGACGAGUGCUCGUUGGCUGCAGUGAAGGCUCUGACUGCUGUCUAUGGCACCCAGUAUCGACGUGGCUCCGCCGCCAGUACGCUCUACGCUGUGACGGGUGGAUCCAUGGACUGGGCACACGGAGUUAGUAAAAUACCAUAUGCAGCUACUCUGGAGCUACGGGAUUCGGGAAAGCAUGGGUUCCUCCUGCCGGCGAACCAGAUUAUUCCAUCAGGGGAGGAAACUCUUCAGGGAGUAUUGGCAAUGGCAAAAUGCGUUGUAAAGAUUUAG